CGUAAAUUUUACAAGUGAAUUCAGCUCUGUAUUCUGCUAAAACCCUAAACCCUUCUCCAAUAGAACGGCGGAGGAUGUCGGCGCCGGAGGCCAUGUACGAUGUCGCGAUGAAACCGAAGUUGCUCCGUUCGCUGCUGAGGGAGUACGUUCCCGAUGAGAAGCACCCCUUCACUAACCCCUCGGAGCUCUCCUACGUUGUAUCCGCCGUCAAAACCCAUAAAUUGUUAUCGGAGCGGACACCCCCUGAGACUCAACAGGAUUUGGUGGACGCCUGGAAAUCGGCCGUCGAUUCAUGGGUCAAUCGAUUGCUCGCCUUGGCGUCUAGCAAUUUGCCAGAUAAGUGCUGGGCUGGAAUAUGUUUACUUGGAUUGACCUGUCAGCAGUGCAGUUCAGAGCGCUUUUUAACUUCAUAUGAUGUUUGGUUGAACAAGCUUCUCGCGCAUAUACAGCCUUCAGAAGUUUCUCAUUUUGUGAAGGCAUCUUCUUGUGCCUCUCUAUCAGAUAUGUUUACAAGGCUGGAUGAUUUUUCAAAUGUGAAAAAGGAUGCAACUUCGCUGGCAACAAAAGUUACUCAACAGUCACUGAAGCUGUUAAAUGAGGAGAGCUCAUCUGUUGUAUUGGAAGAAGCUAUGUGUCUUUUACGUACCUUGAUUGAUUUCUUUCCGUCAGCAGUUCACCGACAUUAUGACAGUGUUGAAGCUGCUAUUGUUUCAAAGCUCAUAUCUGGAAAAUGCUCUCCAAGUGUUUUAAAGAACCUAGGCCAUGGGUUAUCACUGCUUCCAAAAUCCAGAGGAGAUGAGGAUAGCUGGUCCCUGAUGAUGAAUAAGAUUUUACUUUAUGUAAACAGCCAGUUGAAUGAUGCAUUCCAGGGUCUAGAAGAAGAGACCAGAAAUGCAAAAGCAAUGAGGGCUUUGCUUCCAGCUGGCAAAGAACCUCCACCUCCACUAGGAGGCUCAGAAGUGUCUGAUCAAAGCUCAGAUAUUUCAACCAGGAGCCCCGAGCGACUGUUGGCAUCUAGAAUUUCUUCUCUUCUGCAGUGCUGUUCUGACAUGCUAACAACUCCUUACCCUGUUAUGGUUCAUGUUCCUAUUUGUGGUUUGAUAGCCCUUGCUGGGAGGGUGCUAUUGGUCGAUGGUUCCUUGCCUUUAUCUUCGUAUUCUUUUAUGACCACCCUGAAACAAGAAUUUGUUUGUUCGGAAAUCCCAAAUAUGCAAUUCCAAAGUCUGGAAAUCCUCACAGCUAUUGUCAAGGGGCUGGGCAGCCAAGUCUUACCUUAUGUUGCGGAAAUUUUUGAGUUGCUGAAAGAAUACUUGAGCAGAUGUAAAAUCCCUGGGCUGAAGAUAAAAGCAUACUCAAUUCUGAAAGUCCUCCUAAUAUCAAUGGGCGUUGGGCUUGCAAUUCAUGUUAGCCAGAAUAUUGUCAGCAAUGUAUUCGUUGACUUAGAUUUCCUUGGGAUUGAGAAGGACGUCAAAAGCUCAGGUACAAACACAAAGGUCCAGGCAGAAUUGUCCAAUGACUUCCACUAUAAGAAAAGGAAGCGUGGGAAAGUUUCAUUGCAAGAGCAGCCUACUCAUGGUGAUCUGGAAGGGGAAGUGUCAAUUAAUUCAACUCCUAUAUCCGUGAAGAUUGCAGCGUUGGAGGCACUAGAAGCACUCCUCACUGUGGGUGGUUCAGUUAGAUCUGAAAGCUGGCGAGGAGACGUUGAUAAAUUACUUAUAACUGUGGCCACAUAUGCUUGUAGAGGUGGGUCCAAGGAGGAAAGGAAGAUUCUUCUAUCAGGUGAUGCUACGCCUACGUGGGCGGACUUCCAAGUAGCUGCAUUACGUGCACUUCUGGCAUCUCUUCUUUCACCUGGCAGAGUACGCCCAUCUCAUCUGGCGCUUGGUCUACAGCUUUUCCGUAAAGGCACGCAAGCAACAGACACAAAGCUUGCUGAGUAUUGUGGGCAUGCACUGCUGGCUUUAGAAGUGCUCAUACACCCGAGGAGCCUGCCUUUGUUGAAUUUCAAUUCCGAUGGCGAUGGGUAUAAAGCUCUUGGCCACUUGCGCGAUCCUAUAUACCCUAGUGGAGACAGACAAAUUCCUAAUUAUCAACAUGAUGAGCCUGAAUCAGAAGAAGACGAUCUCAUUGAAAAUUGGCGUGGAAAAGACGAUGAAAUGGAGAUUCAAGUCACAGAGAGGCAACAGCCCAUGGAGCCUGCUGACGAAGUCACUUCUGGUGUUGAUGUCCUCAAGAAAAAUGAGGUUACAACCUCAGAAAAUGGUCCUGACAACAAUGGCAUUGAAGCGAAACGCUUCAAAAGUGCAAUUGACCAAAGUGGAGGCGUGUUGGAAAGCGUUGAGCUGGAGCCUGCAAAUGGGAAAGCUGCACCAGUAGAGAACAGCGUCACAGCUGAGAGUGGUGCGGUUUCUGUUUCAGAGACUAUACUUGAAAGAAUAUCUGCUAGAUUAUCUAAUAUCGACAGAAGUGAUGAGGUGAUGUUCGAAUCAGACGAUGAAGAUGUAUUUCCAGACAUCGUGGAUGGCGAUCCAGAUUCUGACUAGAUUAUUGAGACUUGAUGGUUAACUGGUGGAGUUCAAGAGCUUGCUCUGAUUAAUGUUCAACACCAAAUUUUUAUGGAUGAUAGUAGUAAAUUUUUGAGUUAUUGUAGUUUGUGUACUACAUUUUAAUGUCAUGAAAAUUUACCAUUUUAAUGAUAUGUGAUCUCUGAAUAA